UUCUUUCUCCCUUCGUCCCCACCCCCUCUCUCGCGCGCGCGCACACACAGAUAGAGAAUGGCGUCGAUUAUUCAGAAUUUUUUGUUUCCACCUCCUUCGAAUUUGUUGAUUUCUGCGAUGUCAGUUGUGAGCGCAGUGUCAUUAGCAAAUGCUGGGUUCUCAGAGAUAAGAGGAAAGCACUUUCAAUACUCAAAAUUCUGGAACGCGAAUGCUCAAGACUUCUCCGUCACUAACAAGAUCAGUCUCUCCAGUAGAAACGGGAUGAUCUUGCUUUACACUCCUGCUUUUCUCGCUGGUCUUGUCUCCUUUUCACUUUUUCCUGAUGAGGGUCUCAGGUUUUUCUUUGUCGAGUCUGCUCUUACCAUUCAUUUCUUCAAGAGAAUAUUUGAGGUGGUAUUCAUUCACAGAUAUAGUGGUGGGAUGUUUCUUGAAUCUGCAAUCCUUAUAAGUCUUAGUUAUUUCUUAUCUACUGCAACCAUGAUCUGUGCUCAGCACCUAACACAAGGAUAUCCUGACCCAUCAAUUGACUUGACUUAUCCUGGAAUUAUGCUUUUUCUUAUAGGAAUCAUUGGUAAUUUCUAUCAUCACUACCUCCUUUCCAAGCUGAGAAGCAAGAAUGAUAAAGAGUAUAAGGUUCCCAAGGGUGGUUUAUUUGACCUAGUGAUUUGUCCUCACUAUCUGUUUGAGAUUUUAGGGUUUUGGGGUGUUUUUUGCAUUGCACAAACUGUGUAUUCCUUUUCCUUUGCCACUGGAACCACACUGUACUUGAUGGGAAGGAGUUAUGCCACUAGGAGAUGGUACCUUUCCAAGUUUGAAGACUUUCCAAAGGACGUCAAGGCUCUAAUUCCAUUGGUUUUCUGAAUGUACUUAAAAUUCGAAAUGUUUAAUGUUUCUAACCAAUGUGCAGAUUGGCAUGCUCAUAUAGGUAGGAAGCUGAAGAUAAGUUCUCAUUCCUGGAGCAGCCCCUGUUUCAAUCUUACAUGAUAAUUGCGGUAUUGCUCAUUCUAGAAUGUCCAUUCUGAGUAGUUUUUCCCUUUGUUUUUCUUCGGCAGAGUCUUCCUUUGUGUCUAAAAGAGAGAAAAAAAGGGGAAGAAGCUUAAGUUCAGUAAGGUCUGGUCUAUUAGUUGGUUACAUAUGAAUGUAGUCUUUGAUGCUUUGAAGAUUCCAGUCUUUUUUCCUUUUUUUCUUCUUACUAAUGUAGUUUCAUUUGGAAAGCAUGAAUACAUUGACUAGAUAAUCCAAAUUGAGC